AUGGCCAGCCACGUGGACCUGCUGACGGAGCUGCAGCUGCUGGAGAAGGUGCCGACGCUGGAGCGGCUGCGGGCCGCCCAGAAGCGCCGCGCGCAGCAGCUGAAGAAGUGGGCCCAGUACGAGCAGGACUUGCAGCACCGCAAGCGCAAGCAUGAGCGGAAGCGCAGCACGGGCGGCCGCCGCAAGAAGGUGUCCUUCGAGGCCAGCGUGGCCCUGCUGGAGGCCUCCCUGAGGAACGACGCCGAGGAAGUACGCUAUUUCCUGAAGAAUAAAGUCAGCCCGGAUUUGUGCAAUGAGGACGGACUCACAGCCCUGCACCAGUGUUGCAUUGACAACUUUGAGGAAAUUGUCAAGCUGCUCCUUUCCCAUGGUGCGAACGUGAAUGCCAAGGACAACGAGCUGUGGACACCCCUGCAUGCCGCGGCCACCUGCGGCCACAUCAACCUGGUGAAGAUCCUCGUUCAGUAUGGGGCCGACUUACUCGCCGUCAACUCUGAUGGGAACAUGCCGUAUGACCUCUGCGAGGAUGAGCCCACCCUGGAUGUCAUUGAGACCUGCAUGGCGUACCAGGGCAUCACCCAAGAAAAGAUCAAUGAGAUGCGGGCGGCACCCGAGCAGCAGAUGAUUGCGGACAUCCACUGCAUGAUUGCAGCCGGCCAGGACCUGGACUGGGUAGAUGCCCAGGGCGCCACACUGCUGCACAUAGCCGGAGCCAAUGGAUACCUGAGGGCAGCUGAGCUCCUUCUGGACCAUGGAGUACGUGUGGAUGUAAAGGACUGGGAUGGCUGGGAGCCUCUGCACGCAGCUGCCUUCUGGGGACAGAUGCAGAUGGCAGAGCUAUUGGUGUCCCACGGGGCCAGUCUUAGUGCUAGAACCUCCAUGGAUGAGAUGCCAAUAGACCUGUGUGAGGAAGAGGAGUUCAAGGUCCUGCUGCUGGAGCUAAAACACAAGCAUGACGUGAUCAUGAAGUCACAGCUGAGGCACAAGUCGUCCCUGAGCCGGAGGACAUCCAGCGCAGGCAGCCGCGGGAAGGUGGUGCGUCGAGCCAGCCUGUCGGACAGGACCAACCUGUACCGGAAGGAGUACGAGGGUGAGGCCAUACUGUGGCAGCAGCGGAGCGCAGCUGAAGAUCAGCGGACCUCGGCCUACAAUGGGGACAUCAGGGAGACCAGGACGGACCAGGAGAACAAGGACCCUAACCCCAGGCUGGAGAAGCCCGUGCUGCUCUCUGAAUUCUCGACCAAGAUCCCACGGGGUGAACUAGAUGUACCUGUUGAGAAUGGCCUCCGGGCUCCGGUCAGCUCCUACCAGUAUGCAUUGUCCAACGGGGAUGUCUGGAAGGUGCAUGAGGUGCCCGACUACAGCGUGGCCUAUGGCAGCCCUGGUGUGGCUGAUGCUACCCUGCCUUGGAGUGGCUACAAGGAGCAGAGUCCCCAGACGCUUCUGGAGCUGAAGAGGCAGCGGGCUGCAGCCAAGCUGCUCAGCCACCCCUUCCUGAGCUCCCACCUGGGCAGCGGCAUGUCCAGGUCGGGCGAGGGCAGCAGUGAAGGCAAGGCCCCCUUGAUCGGAGGCAGAACUUCCCCGUACAGCAGCAAUGGGACCUCGGUGUAUUACACGGUCACCAGUGGGGACCCUCCACUGUUGAAGUUCAAGGCCCCCAUGGAGGAGAUGGAGGAGAAGGUUCAUGGCUGCUGCCGCAUCUCGUAAUCUCCAUGUGACAGAGGAGAGGGAUACCUGGGAAGGGUUCCUGGAAUCCAGGCCAACCCAGCAGCCCUGGCUGGGAAGCAUCAGAGGGCAGCUGGCAGGAGGUGGGCUCUGCUUUUCAGAGGAGUGCUGACCCCACCUCUCACCCAGCUGCCCGUAGUGUCGCCAUUUCCCACGGUUCUGCUUCUGCUGCAUUGUCCGCCAUCUGAAACAAGGCCCGUAAGCGGCCUCCUGGUUCGCCCUGCUGUCCGAUUAUGGGGGAGGGCGGGCUUGGGAUCCCAGUUCUGUUCUUGGUAAAGGCUUCUCUGGACCAGUACUCACAUGUUACAUAUCAGCACAACACACACACACACACACACACACACACACACACACACACACACACACACACACACUCAACAUGUAUGGGAAUGAUACACCUGAGCUCAUGGGAAGCAGGUGGGGCUGAGUGAAUUUGGGGGCUAUUCCCAAGAGGAUUGAGGUACUGAAGAGUCCAGUCACCACUGCCAAUGUGGCUUUAUCAGGGGAGGGGGCCUUCUAAGCUGAGACCCCAGUCUUGCUCAGAUCCUGCCAGGGUCUCGGCCACCAUCCAUACCUGACAGGUGCAUGGAGUCCUCUCUGUGUUCAGAGGCAGCCACAAAUCCACGGGGCUUAGAUGAGGUGGGCACAAACCUGCUCCCCACAGCCAUACUGGGAGCCGCCUUCCUGCUUGUGCCAGGGGCCAGCCAUGUGACCACCCAGGAGCCGAAGUGGAAAACAGGCUCCUCCAUUCCUGAAAUGAUCCAUAUCACACUUUGCUCUUGGAUGGAAGUAUCAAAAGAGGGGCAUAGUCAGUGUUUCCAAAGUGCAUUUGAUAAAACAAAUUCUUUUAGGCUAUAGAACUCCAACGGGGGGAGUUAAUUGAAUUUGCUUUCUAUCUUGAAUAGCAUGAAGAUCACUAGGUUUUACUGAUUGGUGUCGGAAAAAUGAAGCUGAGUGAGGAGUUUUGAUGGGAAGGAUUUUUCCAGGGAGAGAUGUGAGUCUUUGUUGUUAAUUUCUGAAAACAUCUCUGGGAACCAUGGCAGAGCCCAGCACCCUGGCUGAUGUUUGUGAAUAUUUGGACUUUUUCAGUCUGGCCAUCCCAGCCAUCCCUCCCCUCCCACCUUACAUGUCAGGUGAGUGCUCAGGACCCAGAUCCAGCUCUGCCUUUUCUGGAAUGCUGGGAGAGGCAAGUUCCCAAGUUGGCCCUUGUGAGUUUCUGCCUGGCCCAGGGGCUCCCAGCCUGCUCCCACCAGAGUGAGACUCCCCAAGCCUGCAAACCCAAGGUGCCUGUGGUCGACACCCCACAUUGCAUUCAGAAGAGUGGCCGUGGGGCUAGGGUUGGGUCUCAGUCCUGCCCCACAAUCCCAUCGCUCCCGCCUUCCUGACGCUGGGGAGCGGCCCCCCGCCUCUCGACUGCAUUCUCUCACGAGCCUCUUUGAGAGUUGUUGCCCAUGAGUUGGGCGCUAUCCACAGGUUUAGCCGAAACCUCUUGUAGUUAACUGACAAGCUGCAGGUUGUUCCCUGCUCUGUGCUCUUUUUAUUUGUCCUAAAACUACCUCCUUACAGCUCCAAAGGGGCUCCCUAGGUCCAGAUUCUGGGGUUUGGGGAGCAAAUCUGGGUUCUCUUGAACCUUCUUUCUGAGCCUAUGAGAAAUUCUCUCUGAGGACACCUGGGGCAGGGGGACGGGAAGAACCCCUCUGUGCCACAACUCUAGUAAUGGGGUCUGCUGUCUGCCAUUCCAGUCCCCCACUGUGGCCCCCAUGGCCUCUGUAGCCAAGAGAGGGAGCUGGACCCCAAGGGACCUGGCCGAUGCUUUACCAGGAACAGGGCAGUUGGGUUGGGGAGCAGAGGGCUCUGGGGAGUGACUGCAUCCCUGGUGGCCACUGGGUGAAGUGAGGGUCCCAGCACCAGGUACUUGGGGCCUGGGCUAGUUUGGAUCCCAGCCCCACUCCAGCUUCUAGGUUGGAGGAACAGCUCAGGAGACUGCAGACAGAUGUGCAUGAAGCCUGUCAUGUCCUUGAGCUCUGGGGCAGGCUCCCAUCAUCCCAGCCUAUGGCUGGGGCAGGGCCCAGGUGAUCCACGACACACAUACUAGCUCAGCUGACACGGAAAUUCCUCUUGAGCCGCCUGAGCUGCAACAGUGGGUGUGCUUAGGGAAGCCACAUGUUUUCAGGAGAGAGCUGUGCAGGUUUUUCAGAUCUGUUUGGUCAGGUGCCAGCGAUCAAAGGCAUUUAUAGCUCAUCCUGAGCCCUCUGGCCACUCCUCCUCCCCCCUGGCUUCCUGCCUUCUGGGCCAUUCCUCUCCCACUUGGAAAGCUGGAAAUCCUGGCUGGUUCCCUGACAGAAGCCAGCUUCAGACAGAGGCAACCCUCCAGACACCAGUCAGGAAUAAAGCAUUUCCAUUUAGGGCUUCACAUACCUGGGGAGCUUUCCCUCUGGGUUUUCUAGGCACUGAGAGGCAAGCUGGGGAACAACCUUGGGGCCAGGAUCACUCAUUUAUUCACCCGUGCAAUGGAUAGCUGGGACAUGCCAGGCACUACGAUAGGUUCUGGGAAUAAAGGAUGAACAAGACAGUGAGAACUGUUCUGUUACAGUCUUCAUCUCUUAAGGACCAUGGCAUCAGCAGCCCAUUUGAUUCACCUGAGGCAGAUUGACCACCUCCUGGUAGAGCAUUCCUUUGCUUGUCAGCUCCUAGAAUCCCCACAGUAUGACUUCCUGUAGCUGGGAAAUAGCUGCCAUGGCUAUUCUUGGGUUCCAGAAGAUCCAUCCCAAGUCCAUCUUGGGAUGGCCAGCAUCUUUGGGGGAAUGGUAUGAUAGGGUUGUGAGGUCAGCGUUUGGAUGAAUAAGGAAGCUAGAAUUUGCUGCCAAGUGCAUCUCAGGUUCUUAAAGUCUUUGUCUCUUGCUAGUUUUAUUAAGUCAUUCCCCAAUCCCUCAGAAACUGGAAGGUAAAGGGACUUCAUUUUUGAAAAUUGAAACUUUUCCUCUUGAGUAUGCCUUUUUCCCUGUCAGGUGUGGAUCAAAGAACUGGGAGGAGGCUGGCGAGGUUGACCAGAUGCCCAGCUCCUGCUGCGACCCAGGUCUGCUGGCAGCUCCUGGCAGAUUAAAGAAGGCCACUUCCAAAGCAGGUGCCAAAGCUUCUGCUCCCACAUUAUGCCCAAAACAAUUGAAAAUUGGUGACUGUGACCAGAUUGUAUGUUUCUGGCCAGUAGCUCAAGGAAGCUGAUCUGAACCCUAGGCCCAGGUCCACUGAGGACUUCAGGAUAUAAUUGCCCAUCAAAUGUGCCACACUGAUAGAGCUGUUCUUCACCACUGAUCAACUUCAAGGGGCUUAGAAAUGUAAACAAGGGUGUAUCCUCUGCUCCACCUAGUUUUCUAGCUUUGUAAUAACAUGAGAUCAUCUUGUUAUUGGUAUCGGAUACCUUUUGAUCUUGAGCACUCUCUCCCACCUGCUUUCCCAGAGCAAGAUCCUGGGUACUUUCCAAAAGGGUGCUCCUUACAAGAUGCCCGGAAGGACUUUCAUGAACUCUUGCUCUUCCUAGUGUGAGGACAGCCUCUCCUCCCCCAGGGCUCAGAAGAGCUAAGGGGGCACAUGGUCAGUGGAUGAGUCCACGGAAGUGACCUCCCCUUGCCGGAAGCUGUAGCCCCCUCCUCAGCAGGAAUCUCUUGUGGGCCAGAGGGCCUGCUUCCCAUGGGCAUUGCAAGUGCCAUAGCGGGGGGCCUGGCUCUGCGCACCCAGGAAAAGUCUGCAGACCCCCAGCCCUCCGCAAUAAUUCACCAGACCAGAAGCCACUGAUGUACAGAGAACACUUAACAAAAAUGUAUUUUAUGUGAAAAAAAACAAGAUAAAUCUCUGUAUACUGUAUCAGCAGCUUUGUGUAAAAAUGGCAAUCAAGAGAGUCUAAUAUAUUUAAAACUUUUUUUAAAAACUCCUCGCGAUCUUUGAUAUUGUACUGAAGUAACUUCCGGGUAGCUCCUCGCCACGCGGCAGUGGUGGGCCUGGUGUCCAAGACUGUGGUUCCACCACAUCCCAAAGGGGCUUGUCCCUGGAGUUCUUCCAGAUGCCAAGGCCUGUGACGGAAUUCGCUGUUAAGAGUUUUUAAUUAAGAUUAUUAAAUUCCUUUUAAUAACA